AUGGGUAUCCAGGACAGCGAAUACAAGGCAGCCCGGAACAUCUACUACAGCGCUAUUCGAAAGGCCAAGCGAAAAUACUGGGAGGAAUUCCUAGUAGGGCCGCAGAAUGAGGAGACAGACCCUCGCGAAUCGGAAAGAUGCUGGCAAGCACUUCGAUAUACCAAUACCAGUGGAGCUAGUAUCACACCAGCUCUAAAAGGCCCAGAGGGCCGAGCAGCAGUUACUAUUGACGAAAAGGAGGCCUUAGUACGAGAAACAGCGUUCCCACCAGCCCCAGAGGGUGAAGACCCUGAACGACUACCACCAUGGACCUGGCACACCCAGAUCGAUGAAGCGAAGAUCAAACACGCACUGUUUUAUUAA